AGUGGCGUCAUCAGUACGCGCCACACCCGGAAGAGACGUGGCAGCUGAGGGAUAAUCGGAACGGCCCGAGGUGAAGGGAGCUGAGCGGGACCUGCGGGUCCAUCAUGGGGCUUUGCAAGUGCCCCAAGAGGAAGGUGACCAACCUGUUCUGCUUUGAACACCGGGUCAACGUCUGCGAGCACUGCCUGGUAGCCAAUCACGCCAAGUGCAUCGUCCAGUCUUACCUGCAAUGGCUCCAAGAUAGCGACUACAAUCCCAAUUGCCGCCUGUGCAAUGUACCCCUGGCCAGCCGGGAGACAACCCGCCUCGUCUGCUAUGAUCUCUUCCACUGGGCCUGUCUCAAUGAACGUGCUGCCCAGCUACCCCGAAACACAGCACCUGCUGGCUACCAGUGCCCCAGCUGCAAUGGCCCCAUCUUCCCCCCAGCCAACCUGGCGGGCCCAGUGGCCUCCGCACUGAGAGAGAAACUGGCUACAGUCAACUGGGCCCGGGCAGGACUGGGCCUCCCUCUGAUCGAUGAGGUGGUGAGCCCAGAGCCUGAGUCCCUCAGCACCUCUGACUUCUCUGAUUGGUCCAGCUUUAAUGCCAAUGGUUCCCCUGGACAAGAGGAGACAGACAGUUCUACCACUGCCCCAGCUUUCUACAGCCAGGUUCCCAGGCCCCCUGCAUCCCCCAGCCGGUCAGAGCAACACACGGUGAUCCACAUGGGCAGCCCUGAGCCCUUGACUCAUGACCCAAGGAAGGUGUAUGACACGCGAGAAGACGACCGGGCACCAGGCCUCCAUGGAGAUUGUGAUGAUGACAAGUACCGUCGCCGCCCUGCCCUGGGCUGGCUGGCCCAGUUGCUCAGGAGCCGGGCUGGGUCCCGUAAGCGACCGCUGACACUGCUUCAGCGGGCAGGGCUGCUGCUACUCUUGGGGCUUCUGGGUUUCCUGGCCCUCCUUGCCCUUAUGUCUCGCCUGGGCCGGGCUGCAGCUGACAGCGAUCCCAACCUGGACCCACUCAUGAACCCUCACAUCCGUGUGGGUCCCUCCUGAGCCUUGCUCUGGCUGGGCCAACCUAGGACCUGGGUCCUGAAGGAAGUGGGGAGGCCUGGGGGCUCUUCCUCUCCACUUCUCUCCUUCAAGCCUGAGACACUAAGAAUCCAGGCCCAAAGCCAAGCCCACCAGAGUGACUGCAGACUGGGCCUGGAAUCCAGUAGGUCAAGCAUUUGUCUUAACCUGCUUCUCCCUGGGUCUCCAGCCAUCCACCCUCCCACCCCCAAGAAGGAGCUGACAGGUGGAAAUAAACAACAGACUUUAUUAAAA